AUGCAAUCCACCAGUCACCACGGUCUCAUCCCAGACCGGUCCAAAGAACCUAUGGAAUCUGCCACCCAAACCCUCUCCUCCAGUGAUCCCCAGGAGCUGCCGGAUCCCAACCCAGAGGCAGAGUCCAAUCAGUCUUGGAAACCCAGAUUCGACCGUCGUCAAAGCUGGAGCAACGAAGACCACAAGCACCAGCUGCAGGAACGACUGCUGGAUGUCGAGCAAGGCCGAGCGACCGGGUUUACAGAGACGGGCCCAGAGCACUGA